AUGGAUACUUACCAUUUAAACCUCGGAAGAAACCCGCCCCGCAGGAAGGGCUCGAUGGCCGAUGUGCCCAAAGAUUUGAUGGAUUGUAUCACCGACCUCGAGAAGCUCUUUACCGUCGACAAGCAGAGAAUCAACGAGCUUUGCGAUGAGUUCGUCAAGGAGUUCGAGAAGGGUUUGACUGAGGAGGGUUCCUCUAUUCCCCAAUUGCCCACCUGGGUUCUCGGUUUCCCUAACGGCGAGGAGAAGGGAACUUACCUCGCCCUUGAUAUGGGUGGUACCAACUUGCGUGUCUGUGAGAUCACCCUCAUGGGCCACGGAAAGUUCGACAUCCUCCAGUCCAAGUACCGCAUGGACCCCUCCGUCAAGACCUCUACUGCCGAGGAGCUUUUCGGCUACAUUGCCGACUGCUUGAAGCAGUUCGUCCACGACCACCACGAGGGUGUUGUCAAGGAGGAGCUUCACCUCGGUUUCACCUUCUCCUACCCUUGCGACCAGCACGCUAUCGACCACGGUAUCCUUCAGCGCUGGACCAAGGGAUUCGAUGUCAAGGGCGUUGAGGGUGUUGACGUCGUUCCUCUCUUCGAGGCUGCUUUGAAGGAGAAGGGUGUCCCGAUCAAGUUGACUGCUUUGAUUAACGACACCACGGGUGCCCUCAUUGCCUCCAACUACGCUCACCCCGAUACCAAGAUGGGUGUCAUCUUCGGUACCGGAUGUAAUGCUGCUUACAUGGAGGUUGCCGAAAACAUCCCCAAGGUCGCCAAGCACAACCUUCCCCCAGACACCCCCAUGGCCAUCAACUGCGAGUGGGGUGCAGCCUUCUCCGACCGUCCGGAUGUCCUCCCCCGUACCAAGUACGACGUCAUCAUCGACAAGGAGUCUCCUCGUCCCGGACAGCAGGCUUUCGAGAAGAUGAUCGCUGGUCUUUACUUGGGUGAGGUCUUCCGUCUCGCUCUCCUUGACCUUCACCAGCAGGGCCACAUCUUCUUGGGCCAGUCCGUGGCCAAGCUCCAGACUUCCUACACCAUCGAUACCGAGAUCUUGUCCCUUAUCGAGCUCGACCCAUUCGAAAAUUUGAGAGAGACUAUCGACGUUCUUGAGACUAAGCUCGGCAUCCAAUGUAACGAGCAGGAAGCCAAGCUCGUCCGUCGCUUGGCCGAGUUGAUCGGCACCCGUUCCGCUCGUCUCUCCGCAUGUGGUGUCGCGGCCAUCGCGAAGAAGGCUGGCCUUACCAAGUGCAAGGUCGGCGCCGACGGUUCCGUCUUCAACUUAUACCCCCACUUCAAGGCACGCGGUGCGGAAGCUUUGAGGGACAUCUUCGGUGAUGCUGGUGAUGACAUUGACAUUGUCCACGCUGAGGAUGGUUCCGGUGUCGGUGCGGCUCUUAUCGCUGCGUUGACCCUCGAGCGUGUCAAAGCGGGUAACGUUGCUGGUGUCUUGCACCCCAAGGACAUCUAA